UAGACCGAGCCUGGAACGACCCGGGAGGAAAAGCGGAGUCCUUGUGGCUGUGCUGCCCCUCCCCUAGUCCCGGCGCGCUUGGAGGGGCCCAGCCUGGGUGCUGCGAGGGCUCCGGGAGGUUGAAAGCCAAGCAUGGGGAAGAGCUGCAAGGUGGUUGUGUGUGGCCAAGCGUCUGUGGGCAAAACUUCAAUCUUGGAGCAGCUUCUGUAUGGGAACCAUGUAGUAGGUUCUGAGAUGAUUGAGACACAAGAAGACAUCUACGUGGGCUCCAUUGAGACCGACCGGGGGGUGCGGGAGCAGGUGCGUUUCUACGACACCCGGGGGCUCCGGGACGGGGCCGAGCUACCCCGGCACUGCUUCUCCUGCACUGACGGCUAUGUCCUGGUCUACAGCACGGACAGCCGAGAGUCCUUUCAGCGUGUAGAGCUGCUCAAGAAGGAGAUCGACAAAUCCAAGGACAAGAAGGAGGUCACCAUCGUGGUCCUUGGCAACAAGUGUGACCUGCAGGAGCAGCGGCGUGUAGACCUGGACGUGGCUCAGCACUGGGCCAAGUCCGAGAAGGUGAAGCUGUGGGAGGUCUCUGUGGCUGACCGCCGCUCUCUGCUGGAGCCCUUCGUCUACCUGGCCAGCAAGAUGACCCAGCCUCAGAGCAAGUCCGCUUUCCCCCUGAGCCGCAAGAACAAGGGCAGCGGCUCCUUGGAUGGCUGAUGGAGUUGCCAUCCCUCCCUGACCUUCCCGGCCUCAUUCCAGCUUCUGGGGCGCUGGGAGAUCUGUCCAGGGCUGGGGUUAGGCACACUGUCCUUCCCAGGCAGCUGGGCUGUCCCAAGCUCAGGUCACUUUGCUCCCUCCCAGCUGUGGGAAGUGGAGAUCAUCUAGGUUAGUGUCCCCCCCAAGCCUCCCUCCCCACCAGCUCUCAUCAUACCUGCCCUCUGUGACCUGGAGCAGUUGUGGGUCAAUGUCCCCUAACACCUGCCCUGGAAGGAAACUGAGCUGCCAUGCACAGGUGCCCAGUCUAGGCUCUGGGUACUGUCACAGGGGUCCCCUACCUGUGGGCUUCCUGCCGGUGGCAGACAAACACACACACUCACACACUCACACUCGGGCACCACCCUGGACUCCCAGAGGAAGGACGUCCAGGUAUCGUAUAUGUGCAUGUAGACACGUGCACACGUGCAUGUGUGUGCCUGCCGGUGUCCAGCUCUGACCUCCUCAUCCUUCUCCUGUCCUGUCCUUGGCUGGAAGAAGCCAGCCUCCUAGGAAGUGUCAUUUUCUACUUUAACUCCUCCUCCCCCGCCUCCCCCCCCCAUAGUUUUUGCUUCUUUCUGCUCAGGGAGCACAUGGCCCUCAUUGGCUGAGAUGGAAAGGAAGGACGGCUGGCCUUAGGACCCUGCAAGGCCUUUCCUCUCUCGGUUUCAUUUUUCUUAUCUGCAAGGUGACGGGAGUUGCUUAGAUGAUCUUCUGGAUCCUCUCCAGCCCUCUGAGUGUCUAACACCUGUGGCUUUGGGCUGGCUGUUACUGUACCCAUCGCUUCUCCCUCUUCAAGGUGCUUAUGCCUACUGGCCCUGGAGGCUGAGACAUUGCUCUCCCCCAACCACCAGGGGGCAGGCGUGCACUGUCCGCUCUAGUUGCCAGAGUGGCCGUCCAGUGCCCAGUCAGCCUGCCUCACACCCGUGCGGCCUGGUCUUCAUCCCUUCCUGUGGUUGUUUUCAGCUAAUAGCUGGACUUCUAUUUAUAAAUUUACCUGUGUUCAUAGGCCUGCUGCCGUGGUGAAGGCUGGACAAGGUGCUCCUUUAGCCCUUCCUUACCUCAGAUGCCUGCACAGAACAAGGCAAACCAGUAGCAGCUUCUCAGGAGCUGACGGAUCUGUCGGGGCUCAGAAGGGUGGUUACACUUUCCACACGCUAUAAAGCGAGCUUAUAACCCACAGCUUGCCGUGUCCACUUCAGGCUUCUGAUGUGCACACCCAGCGUAGAUGAGACACCAGAGCCAGGUGACCUCUAGUCCAUGCCCCUUCUCCUUGAGAUGGGAGAGGUGAGCAGGGCAGGGCUGGGCGAGUCGAAUUAGAGCACAUACAGGCUCGGGCUUGAAUUCAUUUAUUGAUGCAUUGGACACAAUAAAACCACAACUGUUAUCAAAGGUU